UAUUGUCGCAUUUUAGUGUUGCACACCUGCACCUAACUUGUCCGCGCUCGAGUUAAGACCAACAUGAAACUUUCUCCCGGUGAGCUUUUGUCCGUGUCUGUGAAAAAAUGGGUGAGCUCCUAUCCGGGAUUCGUUAUCAGCGACGUAGGUUGGAGGGCACCGAGACGCUGAUCGUGCCCCGGCUGGAGUACCAGAGCCUGCGGCUGGUCAGUGGGGAGCUGGCCGCUCCCUGCAGCCCCCAGGGGGCGCUGUCUGUGGCCACCCAGCGCUACCUGCACCAGUACGGCCUGCUGGACCCCGAGAGCGCCCUGGACGAGGGACCCAUCCUGGACAUCAUUGCCCUCAAAAAGCUGCCCAAGCUGCUCCGAGCGUGUGGGGGCACGCCCUGUCCAAGGCGAGUGUGCAGUCUGACCACUGCGCCCUGUGCAUCCAGUCGAAUUAGUGCAUCUGCACCAGCGCGUCCACAGUUGCACCUGUGUGUUCUGGUCGUACCGGUGCAUUUGCCCCAGUGUGUCUGCGGUCGCAACAGUGCAUCUGCAAUGCAUCCACAGUUGCUCCAGUGCAUAUACAGUCACACCAGUGCAUCCAGUCGCACCAGUGCAUCUGCAUUAGUGUGUUCAAACUAACUCGCAACAGUGCAUCAGCAUAGCAGAAACAGUUGCUCCAGUGCAUCCAGAGUCACACCAAUGCAUCCACAGCUGCACCAGUGCAUCUGCCCGUUCAAACUCACAACAGUGCAUCUACGGAGCAUCCACAAUUGCUCCAGUGCAUCCAUAGUCACACCAGUGAAUCAAAAGCUGUACCUCUGCAGUGCAUCCAUGGUUGCACUAGUACAUCUGCACCAGUGCGUCGACGGUCGCACAAGUCACCUGCAGCCAUGUGGUCGCACCAGCUUUGCGACUGGGAGUGCCAGUAGCCUCAAGAAACGUGGGGAUUGUCCUAGAGCUCAGCAGAGAGCAUGCAUGGGCCAUUCUUUGGGUCUAACAGAGGUGGUGGCAGUUGCUGCGUUCUAUUUACCUAUGCCAGAGGCACUUGGUGUGCACACUGCCGUAUUUGAUUUACCUAUGUCAAAACUGAACUGGAAGUACAUUUCCCUGUACUUUUCUGCACCAAUGCAGGCUGGCACAGGUACGUCGAACGAGCCUUCGUUUUAGCUGAAGUCCAGACGCAGCCGAUGCUGCAAGCGCGAGGUUUUCAGCGUUCCUCCUGCCAAGCACGCGCACUUGUAGCAUCGGCUGCAUCUGAGCUUAAGCUGAAACGAAGCUGUGCGAUUGUGUGGCAGCAUUGUUGGAGACAAUAUUUUAACAAUUUUACAAUAUAUACUUUAAAAAAUUUGCAGGCUUUAAUUUUUACAUUGUUUAUUUUGCCAAAAUAGAAAACGCCAUACUUUUGAAAUAUCAAGAACAGAACUAUUUUGCGAUUUGCAUUAGCAAGAAGAA